AUGCCUUCUGCCAUCUCCAACGACACCGAGGCCAACAUUGUUGGCGGCAACGCCCAGGCCCGCCCUCGCUUGAGCAAGCCUCUGGUCUACUCCGGGACCCUUGAUAACUACAAGAAUGCCGACAUCACCCCUGUCAUUGGCCGGGAGUACGAGGGCCUCCAGGUGGUUGAUCUCCUCAAGGCCGAUGACCAGGUCAUCAAGGACCUGGCCGUGACGAUCUCCCAACGCGGCGUCGUCUUCCUCAGAGACCAGGAUGUGACCCCAACUCAGAUGAAGGAGUUUUGCCUCCGCCUGACAGAGCUUGCUGGAUGUCCCGAAUCAUCAGGCCUUCACAUCCACCCCCUGACGGAGGAGGGUAGCGAGCUCGGUGACCAGAUUAGCGUCAUCAGCAGCGAGAAGCAGAAGAAAGGCGGCGGUCUCACUCACCAAUUGAGCGAUGUCAGCCGAUUCGCCAGCGCCGGCUGGCACACCGACAUCUCUUUCGAGCAAGUCCCCUCGGACUACGCCAUGCUCAAGAUCCACACCCUGCCCACGACGGGCGGUGACACUCUGUGGGCUUCUGGAUAUGAGAUCUACGACAGACUCUCCCCUGCCAUGCAGAAGUUCCUGGAAGGGCUGACUGCCACCCACGACGCCACCUUUUUCCACGACGAGGCCAGAAGGCUCGGCAACCCACUCCGUGAGGGCAUCCGAGGCUCGCCACUGAACAAGGGCGGCGACCUCAAGUCCAUCCACCCCGUCAUCCGGACCAACCCCGUCACCGGAUGGAAGUCCGUCUACGUGAACAAGGGCUUCACCAAGCGCAUCAACGGCGUCACAAAGGACGAGUCCGACGUCCUCCUCAACUACCUCUUCAACCUCGUCACCCAGAACCACGACGCCCAGGUCCGCUUCAAGUGGCGCAAGAACGACCUCGCCAUCUGGGACAACAGGAGCAUGUGGCACUGCGCCACGUACGACUACGUCGAGGCCAGGGCGGGCGACCGUGUGGCGUCGCUGGGAGAGGCUCCUUAUCUUGACCUGAACAGCACCGGAAGAAGGGAGGCUUUGGGUUUGUAG